UUUGCUAGAAUUUAGAAGAUGAAGAUGUCAACAAUGUAUAGUUAGAAGAAAAAAAAACCAAAUCAAAGCUGAGUCCAACACACAUUUCACUCAACCUCCUUAGAUCCUUUCUUCUCCUAUUAUAGACCUACAAAACACAUGUAUAUAUAUUGUACACUUUUGAGUACUAUAAGAAUCCAUCAAUUCAGUGCCAACUUUUUUUGUUGGUUUCUCUCUCUUAUUGAUUGUAAAGAUCUAAAAUUGAGUGGUGAGAUGGGGAAGAGCGGCAGGGACUGGACGCAGAUCUACGCGAUCUACGGCGUGGAGGAGUGGCAGACGCCGGUUUUCCUCCUGAUGAACGCGGCGGGGUUCGCCACCCUCUCCGUCGUCUUCCUCCUCUACUUCGAGCCAAUCUGCCUGCUCCUCCAGCGCCACCACUUGCUCCGUGGGCCCGCCGCAGCCCGCUUCGCAGCAGGGUUCGCGGGCUCUGUCACGGCUCUCUCCGCCGUGUGCCUCCUCUUCGCCGCCGCCAACUUCUUCUACUCCGCCGUGGCACUCCACUGGGAGAUGUCGCAGCGCGUCGUCUCCUCGGUGCCCGACUGGUCGUCCGUCAGGCACGCCCUCGACCUCGGCUGCGGUCGCGGCAUUCUCCUCAACGCCGUCGCCCUCCAGCUCAAGAAGUCCGGAUCCUCCGGCAGCGUCGUCGGCCUCACCCCGCCCCGAACCGGCGCUCCCGUCCCUAAUCACACGCUCAGGACAGCCGGCCUCGAGGGCGUCCAGGAAUACGUCACUUGCCGGGCGGGAGAUCCGCGGACGCUGCCGUUCAGCGACAGCUACUUCGACGUGGUAGUAUCCGCAGCGUUCGUGCACACGGUGGGGAAGGAGUUGGGGCAGAAGACGGCGGCGGCGGCUGCAGAGAGGAUGAGGGUGGUGGGGGAGGUGGUUCGGGUGUUGAAGGCGGGAGGAGUGGGAGUGGUGUGGGACCUAGUUCACGCAGAGGAGUACGUGCAGAGGCUGAAAGAGCUGAAGAUGGAGGAGAUAAGUGUGUCGGAGGGAGUCACGGCGUUUAUGGCCACCAGCCACAUCGUCUCCUUCCGUAAGCCACCUCACCAUUUUCUUGGCUCCGCUGAAGUUAGGCUUGAUUGGAGAUUCAAUUAUACCCAUUCUAGUAUUAAUAAUUUAUAAUUAUAGCUAGUUAUGACAAAAAUACGUAUUUUUCUUGCUUUUCUCAUUUUAUACUUCUAAAACCAGAUGAGAUGAAAGAGAGGACUGUAAAUUUCUUUCAUAUAAUAAAAAUGUUACUUCUAUA